CUCUGUUUUGUCGAUCGCGAUGCUGAGUGUGCAGCGAAAAAAGCACUCAAUGCGCGAAAGCGUGACACAACUGUGCCAGCACCAGCAGCACAGCAGGUUCCCUCAUGCAUCUCGAAAAGCCUCCACCUCCAGAACGGUAGAGCAGGAGCUGGAGGCUCUCACGAGCUGACUAGUAGAACUAGCUGCGCCAUCAGUGGCACUGGGAAUGGCGUUACACUUACAGCUGAGCAGAGAGAUCUCAGCGGCACUUUGUCGCAAUCGACGUAUGGCGAAGCACCUCAGCCGAUGAGCACGGUCGUCGAUCAUAUUUCCUCGAACUCUUCUUCGACUUUUCAACGCGCGACUACGUACAGUGGCACGUCCUCUCAUAUGCAAAAAUUUGAAAACCAUUCGAAGAAUUAUAGCGCUUCUUUGGGAGCCGGAGCUGCUUCGAGCAACCUGCAGCAGCAGCAAACUGGUAAAUACGGUGGCUCGUGUCCACGAGGUGGGCGUGGUAGCUUCGGAAAGCGCAACAGUUGUAAGACGCAUAAUAACGCGAAAGGCAACGGCUGCUCUUCGACGAAUCAU